CGCAGGAGGAGGUCGCAGCGUGGCGCAGCCGCAACGUAACGCGGCGCAGACGCUCCUGGUGUGUUUUGGGGGUUAGGCUUCUGUUCUGCCAUUUUGUUUGAGAGCCGCAUGGGGAACAGGUCCCUGACUCUAUCUGUCUCCAUCCGGUUAUUUUCACCCUUGAGAAGGCAUAAUCUUUUCACACCGCUCCUAUUAAAAUACCAAACGUCAGCUCCUGUCUCGGUCAUUUUUGGGAGAGUGUUUAGCUCGCUGCAUAGCCAUGCAUCUACACGCAUGGUGAGGGCAGAUGAGUGAAAAGAUUAACUUCACCUCAAGAUCAUCCCGUGGACUAGAAACCCUGCAUUACUGCUGAGAGCAACAAUGUCGAACGCCCCAGAUCUCACUGAGCAACACAACAUGGAGGUUAGAUCACAAAGCAACACUUCUUCAUCAUCACGACGCUCCAGUCGGUUGGGUAUUAACAUGCUGGCAGCAGAGGCACGUGCAAAGGCUGAAGCUGCGCGUACGAAGGCAGCUUAUGCAAAACGUCAAGUGGACAUGGAAGUAGAGAAAGCACGCAUUGAUGCUACGCUUCAUGCUCUUAAAGAAGAGGGUGAGGCUGAAGCUGCAUCAGCUGCAGCAAACGUGCUUGAAGCAGCUGUAGACAUUGAAUUUAAAGAACAUCAAAAUAAAUCUAGCCACUUCUCAUUGGCGCAACAAUCUAUGCAACGCACCAGUGAGUACGUCAAUGCACAUUACAACAAUCAGGAAAACUACGAAAUGGGCCAUCAGACAAAUCACGAAGAACAGCAAGCAGCUCUUUCUUCACUGCAAGCAUACCCUCAACAUACAGAGGCCCCCAACAUCAUCCAGAGCCCUUCUCACCAGGCUCCUCUGAGCUUAUAUCAACAAAGGCCCCAGAUCCCAUUGGCCUCUCAAGCCCACAUCAACGCUUUGAAUCACUCCCCAUCACAUUACACUAACGCUGCAUACAACUACCCUAGAGGCAGUACACCCUCACAUGUAACAACACCCAGACCUUCUGAGAUUUCGGACCUCGCCACAUACUUGGCACGUCGGGAUAUCGUCUUAUCAGGGCUAAAGAUGUUUGAUAACAAGCCAGAAAAUUAUCUGUCCUGGAAAGCUGGCUUCUGCAAUGCCAUAGAGGGCUUGAACUUGAAACCUAGUGAGGAGCUAGACUUGCUCACAAGGUGGCUCGACAGGGAGUCACUGCAGCUCGUUAAAAUACUUCGUGCCGUCAAUAUCAACUAUCCUAUGACUGGUCUUAACAUGGCGUGGCAACGGUUGGAUAAGAGUUACGGCUCUCCAGAGGCCAUCGAAGCAUCUCUCUUCACAAGGCUUGAAAACUUUCCGAAAAUCCUGAACAAGGACUUUCAGCGGCUGCAGGAACUCGCAGAUCUGCUCCUCGAAGUUGAAGCUGCUAAAUGUGAGGGUUACCUACCAGGCCUCAGCUUCCUUGACACAUCUAGAGGUGUAACACCCAUUGUGGAGAAACUCCCAUAUAACCUCCAGGACCAAUGGAUAAUUCGAGGUUCAACAUACAAAAAGGAACAUCAGGUUCUUUACCCACCUUUCUCCUUCUUUGUUAAAUUUGUGCAAAGCCAUGCAGAGAUGAUAAAUGAUCCAAGCUUUGCUUUCCAAAACUCCAGCGCUCAAUCUCUCAAAAGUGAGCACCCCCCCAGCGAAGCAGUGGAGGACUCAGAACAGCAAUUCACUAAAGACUGUAAAGCUGACAUCCACUGCUCAGAGUGCGUCAGUAAUCGUCACAUCUCAGCUCUUCAUGCUGGUCCACCCAACUGGGGAGCAUCUGGUCCCAGCACAUCUCCCGCAGUGCAUGGCGGGGAGCAAGUUGAACAGGCCACAGAGGUAGCCACCUCUCAUUGCACCGAGGUCUGUGGGAAAGACCUCCAAGUUGAGGAUGAGACCUUCCUCCACAUAAUGGACAAAGACUUCACAAAGGAUGAUUGCAACAGUUGGGUGGCCCCCCUCCCUUUUCGCACUCCUAGACAACAUCUUCCUAACAAUCAGGGACAAGCUCUCAGUCGUCUCAUGUCACUCCGCAGGACUUUGACAAAGAAACCUGAGAUGAAGGGUCACUUUGUGGACUUUAUGAAGAAAAUCUUCAGCAACGGGCAUGCAGAACCUGCUCCCACAUUGGACGAGCAUCAAGAGUGCUGGUACUUACCAAGUUUUGGUGUCUACCAUCCCCAGAAACCAGGACAAAUCAGGGUUGUUUUUGAUUCAAGUGCACAGUAUAAGAACGUUUCUCUUAACAAUGUGCUUCUUCGAGGACCAGACCUCAACAACAAUCUACUUGGGGUCCUCAUCCGCUUCAGGACUGAGCCAGUUGCAGUCAUGUCAGACAUCCAGCAAAUGUUCCACAGCUUCUUAGUCAGACAAGAUCAUCGUGACUACCUUCGGUUCCUGUGGUUUCGUGACCACCAGCUGGACAACGAGGUUAUGGAGUUCCGAAUAAAAGUCCAUGUGUUCGGCAAUUGUCCCUCACCAGCUGUGGCUAUCUACGGACUGAAGAGGACGGCCAUGGAGGGUGAAAAGGAGUUUGGCACUGCAGCAAGAUAG